AUGGAUUUUGAGAAUCUUUUUUCCAAACCCCCUAACCCGGCCCUGGGGAAAAGGGCAGCUACGGACUCCGACGAAAGAACCGAUGAUGAAAUCAAUGAUACAGAAGUUGAAGAAACACACGAAGAGAAAAUAAAACUGGAGUGUGAGCAAAUUCCCAAAAAAUUUAGGCACUCAGGAAACUCCGCAGUAUCACAAAAGAAUUUGCAACGUAGAAAAUCAAGAAGUAAGGACUAUGAUGUAUAUAGUGAUGACAAUAUCUGCAGUCAGGAAUCACAAGAUACUUUUGCUGAUGAGCUUAAACGAUAUAUGCAAGCUAAAGAAAUGGCAAAUACUCCUCAAUCUUCACCAUUUCCUGAAGAAUCUAUGACAAAAGAGAGAGCAAAAGGUACCCAGCAAGUUGUUAAACAAAAAUAUAAAAAUUUUAAAGCGGGCCAUAAGAAUGGUAAAAAGAAGAAAAUGAAGCAAAAGUGGGCUGGCCCUGGAAACAAAGAAUCAAGUGCUUUGCUGAGAAAAAAUGGCUCACAAGAAGAGGAUGGUAAACCUAAAGAAAAGCAGCAGUGUGUGAAAAUGAGUCAGGGAUUCAUCAACCAGCAUACAGUGGAACGCAAAGGAAAACAAAUUUGUAAAUAUUUUCUUGAACGGAAAUGUAUUAAGGGAGACCAGUGUAAAUUUGAUCACAAUGCAGAACUGGAGAAGAUAAAGGAAAUGUGCAAAUUCUACGUGCAGGGAUACUGUAACAGAGGCGAAAACUGCUUCUAUUUGCAUAAUGAAUAUCCAUGCAAGUUUUACCAUACGGGAGCAAAAUGUUAUCAGGGAGAACACUGCAAGUUUUCCCAUGCUCCACUGACUGCUGAAACACAGGAACUGCUAGAUAGAGUUUUGGAUACAGAAAAGAAGUCAUCAUGUCAAUGA